AGUGAGCGGCGCUAUGGCUGAUGAGAAGAAAGCACAGCAAGCUUCCAAGAAGGGCGCUAAGAAAAUCAUCAAGAAGGCGCCAGCGAAGGGCGGCAAGAAAAGGAGGCGGACCAGGAAAGAAAGUUACUCCAUCUACAUCUACAAAGUGAUGAAGCAGGUUCACCCCGACACCGGCAUCUCCUCCAAGGCCAUGAGCAUCAUGAACUCGUUCGUCAACGAUAUUUUCGAGCGCAUCGCGGGGGAGGCUUCCCGCCUGGCCCAUUACAACAAGCGCAGCACCAUCAGCUCCCGGGAGAUCCAGACCGCCGUGCGGCUGCUGCUGCCCGGGGAGCUGGCCAAGCACGCCGUGUCGGAGGGCACAAAGGCGGUGACCAAGUACACCAGCUCCAAGUGAAGGACCGCAUUGUACUGAAACACACACAUCCACAACCCAAAGGCUCUUAUAAGAGCCACCCACAACUUUCCUGAGACAGCGGAACCAUUUCUUUAAGGGUUGUUUGUUUUAGUUUGCAUGUGAUUCAUAAGAUGUUUUAAAUUUUUGUACUGCAUUCGCUUUUAUGAUUACUUUGCAAUUUGAUGAGAUUCUUGAGGUAUUUUAGUCAUAUUUGAUUUUAUCAGUGCUUUGCAAAUUGACGAGGUGAGGGGAGAGAGUUCAUAAACAGUCUCUUCCCUGUCUGUAGAGAGAGCGAGCAGAUUACACGUCAGGGAAUCAUUUUUCAUGGCAUUUCUUCAACUUACUAAAAGCCCUGGUGGAAUGUUAAGUUGUUUUCACCCUGGCAAACCAAACGAAAGUGCCCACAGCUUU